UUAGGAUACAUUACUAACGUAAUAGAUGAUUCCAUUAAAGAUUCAAAAGAUGCAAGAACGUUUUUAUCUGAUAAAUUGAAGUCAUUUAAUCACAUAAAAGGUUCUCAGAAUCGUAAAAAAUCUAAUGAAUCAAAUUAUGAUUUACACACACUGGAUUCCAACAAAAAGACCAAAACAGAUUUUAUGUUUAACGUAUCAUUCAAUGAAUACACUACCGUUAUUAACGCUGUCAAAUCUAUACAACAAGAUAAUGAAUCUGUCUACACUUGUAAUUUUUUCUCAACUAAUGAGAUCGAUUGUUUGAUGAGUAUGGCAAGAAGUGCUAUUCAAGAAGAGAAGAAACAUAUCAGUAAAUUGGUAGAAUCUUUCUUAGAAGCAUUAUUGCUAUCAAAAAUUGAUGUUAUAGAUAGGAAUACAAUUAAUGAUUUUCUCAAAAAUAUUGAUGCUGAUGAUAAAGAAACAAUAUAUGUAGAGAAAUAUAUUGAGAAUACAAGUUCUCAAUUUAAACAAACUGUUGAAAUAUUCAUAGUUAGACCAUGUGUAAAAACCCCACAAACUAUAUUUACUUACGGUGAAAACCAUUCUGAUGCAUACCGUUAUGAUAAAAUAGAGCAUUCUGAAAUUCAACAUAUUGGUAAAAGCUCAUCUAUAGAGACUGAUAUUAGCGAGAAUAAUGGGCCAACCCACAAGGACAAUCAUGAUAAGAGUGGCAGAAAUCCUCUAUUAGAUAGCUUACAAAAAGGUUUUUGGGAUUGGGCAUCAGAAUCUUUACCAGUAAAAGAUUCAGAUGUAGAUCCUAUUAAAGUUUUGCAAGCUAAAGUUGAAGAUCUGGAAAAUAAUAUCCCAUGUGAUGAUGAUGAUGAAAGUAAACCUAUAGAAUAUGUAGCAUGUGCAUUAAAAGAGGCAUUGUGUAAAUUUCAAUAG